ACGAAACGAAGGUACGAAGUGAAAAGUGGAAAAAACUAUUCUACGAGUAUCUACUAUAAUUUAUAAUUCAAACUUGGAGAACCCUUAUUUACGUAUUCAUUGAUCCUUGUUUUAUCUUUCACAAUGAUGGAUUCGGAUAAUGAGAGACCGUUUAAUCGCAGAGAUCGGGUGAUGCUGCAAAUUCCCGAUGAUUUUCUUCGCAUUCCCACACCUGCUGGCCAGUCGGAUGAUCAGCGUCCUCGAAGCCAGUCACAAAAUGCGGCACAACCGCAAGUUGUCCGUACAGCUAACCCACGCGCAAAUGCCGUGCAACAGGGAAAGCUAAGUGUUACUAUUGCUCAGGCCAAACUUGGGAAAAAUUAUGGCUUGACUCGAAUGGAUCCAUAUGCUCGCAUACGUAUUGGACAUUAUGUGUUUGAAACGGAAACCGACGCCAAUGGCGCCACUAACCCGCGCUGGGACAAGACGUUUCAGUGUUAUGUUCCCCAAGGGAUUAACUCUGUGUACGUGGAGGUUUUCGAUGAGCGCACCUUCGGAAUGGACGAGAGAAUUGCAUGGGGCCAUUUCACGAUUCCCCAACGAGUUUUCGAAGGAGAUGCCCUGGAUGACUGGUUUCCAUUGAGCGGAAAGCAAGGCGAUCAAAAGGAAGGGAUGGUUGAGAUUGUUUUCUCUUACGAAAUUGUACAAACCGUACCUUCGUACACCAUACCCGGUGGAGUGGUUAUGAUGCCCCGACAAGCACCUUACGGAGCGCUGCCUAUGGCGCCACGCGUUCCCUACACCGUGCCAACUGCCGUGGCGCAGCAGCAAGCGGCUAUGAUGCCGAUCCAGAUAACGGAUAACGAUGUGAAGCAGGUGAAGGAGAUGUUUCCCAAUAUCGACGAGGAUGUUAUCCGAUCGAUCCUGGAGGAGAAGAAUGGUCACAAACAGGCCGCGAUCAACGCGCUGCUCUCUAUGACGGAGACGUGAGCACUGCGCCUGCUUUUUUCUUUUUGUGGUCCUGUCAACACCGCAUUGAUCUUGAUUUCCGUUGAUUUGGUUCUUUUUAUGCACUUUCCGGUAGCGGUUUAUGAUUAGCUCUUUUUUUAUUUUUACUACCUUGCGCAGUCUGUUUGUGAAUUGGUUGAGUUCAGUCAUUUUGUUGAUCUUGUGCCAUGCCAUGUUUAUUUUUAGUGCCAUGCCUGUUUGUGUUCUAAAGCAGCUGUAUGUACAUUUCACAGUUGAUGUAAAAUUUUACGGCCAGCACUGUUA